AUUAAAAACAACACCAUUUAGGUUUUCUUUUUUGUAUAAUUUAAGCAGUUUUAGUUUGAGACUAGUCCCGGUGUAGGUACCAGUGGGGCUACCGUCGUGUGACGUUAUCCUCAGUCGAAAGGACCGGGAUUUCCCCAAACUUCCCGGUAGAUGGUAAGUUCUCGCGAGACAUUUCGUUGUUCCCGGGAGAGCGCCGUGACGGCACCCACACAGGACGUGCGCGUUCACGACAGCCGCGCCGCCUGGCGAAGCGAGAUGAAAAUAGAGCGAAACAUCCAGCGAAAGCCAGACUAAGCUUCCUUCAAAGCGCGCUUUGAAGUGCAACAGUUCGAGCGCGGAGCGGACAUUAGUCUCUGCAGGUUUUACCGGCUGGGAGCGUGGUGAGGUCCUUUGGUCGGCCGGCGCAGAGCCAGAGGGGCAGAAAGUUUCCGCUGUUGUGUUGUUGGGUUGCUGCGGGGCGGCUGGCGAAUCCACAGGAAUGUCGCAGAAGGAGAGACCGACUUUCUACCUACAGGAGCUCAACAAAACCGUGUGGGAGGUCCCGGAGCGAUACCAGAACCUCUCCCCGGUCGGCUCCGGCGCUUACGGUUCCGUGUGUUCGUCGUAUGACGUGAAGACGUGCCUGAAAGUAGCAGUGAAGAAAUUAUCCAGACCCUUCCAGUCCAUCAUCCACGCAAAGAGAACGUACAGAGAGCUGCGGCUGCUGAAACACAUGAAGCACGAAAAUGUGAUCGGCCUCCUAGAUGUGUUCACACCGGCAACAAGCUUAGACGAGUUCAGCGACGUAUACUUGGUGACACAUCUAAUGGGAGCAGACCUCAACAACAUUGUGAAGUGUCAGAAGCUGACUGAUGACCAUGUGCAGUUCCUUAUCUACCAGAUUCUGAGAGGCUUAAAGUACAUCCACUCGGCAGGUAUCGUCCACAGAGACCUGAAGCCCAGUAAUUUGGCAGUGAACGAAGACUGUGAGCUUAAGAUCCUUGACUUUGGACUGGCGAGGCACACAGACGAUGAAAUGACGGGAUACGUGGCCACCCGGUGGUACCGAGCCCCCGAGAUCAUGCUUAACUGGAUGCACUACAACAUGACAGUGGAUAUUUGGUCGGUGGGAUGCAUCAUGGCGGAACUACUUACAGGACGAACACUUUUCCCUGGCACGGACCACAUUGAUCAGUUGAAGCUUAUAAUGAUGCUGGUGGGGACCCCAGGGCCCGAGCUCUUGAUGAAAAUCUCUUCGGAGCCUGCAAGGAACUACAUCAACUCACUUCCCCACAUGCCCAAAAGGAACUUUGCUGAUGUGUUCAUUGGUGCAAAUCCCUUGGCGGUGGAUUUGCUCGAAAAGAUGCUGGUGCUGGACACGGACAAACGCAUCACGGCGUCGGAAGCGCUGGCCCAUCCUUACUUUGCUCAGUACCACGACCCAGACGACGAGCCUGAAGCCGAGCCGUAUGAUCAGAGCUUCGAAAGCCGGGAGCUGGAAAUCGAGGAGUGGAGGAGUCUAAUCUACGACGAGGUCCUGAGCUUCGAGCCGCCAUCUUUAGAUGGAGACGAGAUGGAGUCGUGAGGGGAAGGCAGCUUUCCUCCCUGCGUUCUCCUUCCUAGAAACUCUUUUUGGAUGACCGACUUCAAACGACUAUCCGCUGCUUUCAUGAUGCAUACCCAACAGUCAAGUGCCUGCCGUCAUUCAUAUCUGAGGGACUUGUUGUUUCAGGGGUGGGGGCGGGGUUUCACACUCUGUUGAUAGCUUUCACGAUCCGCUGUUUCUGUUGCACCGUAAACUCGCUGAGGCCGACCGUAACUGUCCUCAAGCCAGAGGCCGUCGUUUCCACACUCGGUCUCUACGGUCAAAUUUCACUUUUAUUUUUCCAUUUUUCCUUCUGAAUUGAAUAAAUCGGCCUGCUAAUCCAUGUGGGAUUACCUUUUUAAAGGAACGGUUGGAAGUGUAAUGGAACCAGACGAGAUUUAGCCAUAAAGUUUAUUUUACUGCAUUCAAAGGAAAUGAUAUUUGUACACAAAUGUGUCACUCAGCUGAUUUUACAGCAAACAGUAUUUAUAAAUCAGUAGUUCUGUCAACACGCUUUCAUCUCCGUGUAAAAGGCAUCCUUUCUUGAGGAAUGCACUAGACAAUCUCCUCCACAGUAUGACUUUUACUACCACAGUUUAUCCUAAUAUAGCAUCAAUACAUGUAUGGAAUUUAUUACAAGUAUUUAUAGAAUAGGAUAAGAGAAUAACAUCUUCACACUAGGAGGAGCAAAUGCUUGUGGAUUUGCUGACUUGCUCCUUCUUUAUAUUAUGGGUUCAGAUAUGAUUGGUUCCCACCGCAGUUUUUUUUUUAACACUUAGCUGAUUUGAUUUAUCCCCACAGCAGGAGGACAAGUAGUUUAUUAAAAGUCUGUAUUUUCCAGCAGAGCAUCACCUAACACUGUAAAUGAAUCAUUUUGCAUUUAUAUACCACAGUACUGUUAAUCUUUAUUGAAUGUUUUGGGGAAACAGUUAUAUUUAUGAUCCUUUCUUACUUGUAUUGUUUGUAUAUCAUUGUAAAGAAGUAUAUUAUUUGUUGGAGUCAUUUUUUUUUCCUAAUUUAUAAACAGCUUAUUGUAUUAGAAAUCAGAAAUGUCAUCAAUAAUCAAAUGUGUUGCUUGAGUUGCGGUUUUUGUAUCCAAACAGAAGGAAUUUACCAUAUUUACAAACAUAAAAACUACAGUUAAACACAGUGGGAUGUUCUCAAACAUUCUCUGCAAGAAAGUGUCCAGAAAUUAAAUCAAAAUAUGUACUAAAGUCACCACUUUAAGUGAGUUUCAAACCACUAAUUCUUUAUCUAGAGUCAAACGACAUGCUUUCUGAUGUGAAAGCCUGUCUUAUGCUGCAUCCAAAUUCUGAGUUUCUGACUUAAAUUCAGUUGCAACUGUUCCUUGGAAAGUUCGAUAUCUGCUGUAUUGUUUUAAUCUCUGUGUUGAAUCAAGAUUUGACGUCACUCUGUGAUUCUGUCAUGUUGGUUGUUUUUAGCACUAUGAUCAUUUCAGGGCAUGCAAGUUUUUGUUUGCUCACUGGAUGCUGACGUGGAGAAUUUUUACAUAAUUUGACGUGAUAUUUAUUUGACCCAUAUCCCACUGUUAACAUUUUUCUUUGCUUACUUUGCCUGAAAUUGGUUUGUUUUUGUUGACCACAUGUACUGAGGCAUCAGGCCAUGCCAUUUGUAAAUACCACCGUAAGAAAUAAAAGUUACUAUUUUUCAGAGAUGUAAA